AUGGCCUUUGGUGAGCUUCAAGCCUGUGAGUCUACCCCGGGCUGGACCAUGCUCUCCCUCGAUUUCAAGAGUGCCUUCAACUACACCGACCGAGCACGGCUGCACGAGAUUGUGGCCGACAAGGUCCCUGGCCUCUUGCGCGCCUUUGAACGACACUAUGCUCGACCCACUACCCACUGCAUUGUCGACAAGUUCUUCAAGGUGAUUGACAUUGAUGUUGGCCAAGGCAUUGUGCAGGGCAACGAGCUAUCGCCCUUCUUCUUUGCCCUGUACUCCUGUGGGGUCCUGGGUCUCCGCGACGCCACCACUGACUAUCGCUGCAAGGUCAUCAAGUACCUCGACGACAUUGUACUGAUGGGUCCCGCGGAGGACGUGGCGGCCGACGUCGAGAUUAUCAAGGCUCGUGCAGAAUCUGCUGGCCUUCAUCUGCAGCCCAGUAAGAGCCGCUUCUACAUGCCUCGCCACCAUCCCGCUUCCAUCACUGCUAUCAAGUCUGUAUUGCCAGAUGCCGUGCGCGAGACGGCCAACACGGGCAUGACGGUCUUGGGAACGCCGAUUGGCCGUCGCGAGUGGAUGAAGAAGCAGCUGAACGACAAGGCAAAGCACAUUGCUGGCAAGCUCAACGACAUGCUGACGAUCGGUGUCUCGCUUCAGGCCCUUCUCACGGCCAUGCAGUACGUGCCUAGCCUCAUCAACCACCUCUACACGCUGCCCCCAAGUCUGACGUCGGGCUUGUCCGAGCUCUUGAACCGUGCUUGCAAGGACACCUUUGUCAAAGCCUUUUUUGCCAAGUCUGGCUACAACGCCAACGGUCAGAGCUGCCGCAUCGACCUGCACUGCCGCAACCCCUUUCCCGGCGGUGCCUUGGGCCCAGCUCUGCCCGACCUGGGCAUUGACGUGACUGUGCGCACAGCCCAACCCCCGACCACCUCGCAAGCCUGCAUCAAGGUGGGCGCUGCCCUUCGCCGAGCCGAAAAGGAGAAGCGCGACUACUACACCGGUUUCAACCAUGGAAAAACUCUGAUCGUCCCUGCGGCGAUGACGACAACCGGUGGGUUCGCCUCCUCCUUUGUGGAUCUGCUUGGUCAGCUCGCCCGCUGCGCCGAGGCCCGUGGUGUGUACCAGCCGGGGCUGGAUGAGGCCUUUGUUCCUCGAUGGAAGGGUCGCUUUGCGGCGCUGGUCCAUCAGAUGAACGCUGACCACAUCCAGCGCCACUUUGGCGGUGUCUGCCUGCGCUCGUCGUAG